AUAUCACUAAAUUCCUUUUUAAAAACAAAAUUUCAUCCAAUUACUUUUCAAAUAAUGAUAAUUUGAGUGUGUCGUUUUGAUCUUGCAAAGGGUAAUUUUGCAAUUUAUUAAAAUCACAUUCUGUAAUGCCUUCUGCGAGCCACUGUACAUAAGUACUACAUCGCGUGACUGGUUCACAGAGUGUAAUGUACCUUAGUUACUUAUCUAGUCCGAAAAAAGUAUAAUAUUGUCGAGAUAAAAAAAAAACAAACAUUGCAAACUUGUAAGUAACAGUAAAACUGAACCCCAAAAAAGAAAGUACCUACUGUUGAGGACAAGGUCACGUCCUGCCAGUAGGCCAGCUGGUGGUAUCAGGUGAAUAAUAAACGUUUUAAACAGUCACUCGCUUCCUGACUGUCUAACAACAGUCUUAGUACACAUAGUUUAGUAGUCUAAUGUGUAAGUCCGGAUUAACUAAAAUAAAUAAAAAUAAAAAUUACGAGAAAUCUUAACACUGAAUAUUAAGCAUCAAAUAACUUUUCCUUUAAUAAGAAGAAAGAAAUAAACACAAAAAAACAACGAAUGUGAUAAGGAUAGAAAUCAACAUUAUGAUCACAAAUAAAGGAAGUGAAAAUUGUAUCUGACUGUUAUGUAUAUUACAACUAACUUAAAAAUUAUUAGUGUUAACAUAAGUGAUCACGUCAAAAAUACAUGUGAAAGUUAAAUUAGUAUGCUUAAAACCAAAAGUGCUAAUAAACACAAUUUGUGACGAUUAAAAACCUAUUAUAAUUGUAUCAGCGACUCAAAGUGCGCAUAGUAACGAAGAUGAGUGUAAAGCGUAAAUUAUUGAUGUUUAUGUCCUUUAUGUGCCUAAAUAUAUCAAUUGUAAUUUCCGCACCAUUACUGCAGCUAUUGCAACCAUACCCGAAAAUAGUUAUGCCACCUUCUCAGCAAAAUCUACAGCAACAGUUACUGGAACUACAAACAAUGCCGCAACUUUAUCCAAUACCACAGGUCGUACAGAAUCAACUACAACCAAUUAUCAUUUUGCUACCUGACCAACCAAUAAACACGAACUUCGAUAUGAAAAUAAACGAACAUAUUGAAGAAAACGAAUUAAACAUCGACAGCGAUAAAACGAAAACAAAAGAUGGAGAUGAAGACUCUGUAGUAAUAGACGCAGAGCCAAUCCCAAUACUUGAAGAACAAAAGGCGUUCUUAAUAAUACCAAAUGGGAGACUUUCAAUAGGCGACUUUAUAUCAGCUAUCCCAUUUUUACCAAUAGAAAUAAACGUGCCUGACACUGUAUCUUGGGUGUACAACGGAAUUUCUAGUGGAAUUUCAGGUAUCAUUUCAAUAAUCGGAUCAAGGUUACCGUUCCAAAGACCACAAGAAAAUUCUUCAAUGGAAAAUUUAAAUCUAAAAUCGAUUAUUAGUGAAUUACAACUGAAAAACAGAAAUAACGCUAGACCUUUAAUAAUGAUGCCCUUAGGUGGUUUAAGCGGGCAUAUUUCUCCUUCCCAAUACUAAAAAUACAAACAUAGAAUAUAUAUUUUAAAUGUAUUGAAGAUACUUUUAUUAAUGAUUGAGAUAAAAUAAACAAACAAUUGAAAAUUUCAUACUUUAUUGUUCCUGUUACUCAAUACAUAGUUUAUUUAGUAUUACCAAUGAUUAAAUAAAAACUAUAUUUUAACCACGACUGGGUUCAAGAGUUUAACUAUUUACGAAUCAAAAAUAAUAAACAUAAACAAAAAUUAAACUGAAUUUUUAAAUAUUUAUAAAUGUUACACUUUUAAACUCCAGUCUGGAAUUAUUAUUUACCAAUUUAGUUUUUAUUUUAUUGUAAUUUUAGAAAUGUUUGUGUUAAAUCUGCAAAUAGGUAUUAUAUUUUCAAGUUAUCUAUUUACAAAGAGAUAUACCAUGGAAGUUAAAUGUUGUUUUAUUGUGAUAUGACAAAGAAAAGUACUUACAGGAAAGAUUACAAAGUGCUAACUUAUCCUACUUAACUAAAAUGGCAACGGAUACUACUACCUUUUACAACGUCAUUAGAAAUCGAUAACAAUUCCAAAUAUAGAUACAAAUAUUUUUAUAGAAAGCAUAAAAUGUCUAACCUUUACCAAAACUGAGUACAUUAUUAAUUUUUUAACGAUUAAAAUACCAAUAUAAUUGAAUAACUCUAUUACAUUCUUAAUUUCAUUAUAAUUACUCGAAAAUAU